GACGACAGAGCAAAAUUAAGUGCCUCAAUUUGUUCCUCAUGACGUGGAAAGAGUAUUUAGUACUACUUUAUCUCCAAGAAUAAAUUGUAGGUAGGAUCCAUUUCAGCCAACAUUAUGCAUGCAACAUUGAUUAAUGGUGGAUAGUGAUUCGAGUCAAAUUUGUUUAUUGCUUGAAAUGGACCGGAAUCUUCUAGGAACUAAUAUAUUUGCAAAUGUUGUUUUGUUUUGCGGGUAAAUAUGGGGCAUUGCCGUACUGCUCAUGUCGGCAGUGUUCAAUUGAAGUCCAACUACUGUUGGUUUGAUACAGUCAUCUUUCUUCUGGGGUUACCUUCUUACUCAGUGGGUGGGAAGUCAGUCCUGGCAUUUGGCAUAGUUUGGUGGUCUAUUGCUACUGUUCUUACUCCUGUUGCUGCCAAAAUUGGGUUGCCAUUCCUACUUGUUCGUGCUUUCAUGGGAAUUGGUGAGGUUGUUGCUAUGCCUGCCAUGAUUAGUAUUCUGUUGAAAUGGGUUCUCGUAGCUGAGAGAAGCAGAUCACUAGCUCUAGUAUACAGUGGGAUGUAUUGUGGCUCAGUUACUGGUCUGGACUUUUCACCUUUCUUAAUACAGAAGUUUGGAUGGCUAUCAGUCUUUUCUCCUUUGGUCUCUGGGAACAGUCUGGUUUGCUGUAUGGCUGAACAAGGGUGGAUUGCAGAUACACUUGUGAGCAGAGGUUUAUCAGUGACUACCGUCCGCAAGAUCAUGCAAACAAUUGAAUUUCUGGGCCCUACUUUCUUCCUCACUGAGCUGAGCCAUGUUGAUUCUCCAACAAUGGCUGUUUUUUGUAUGGCAUGCAGUCAGGGAACUGAUGCAUUCUCACAGUCUGGUCUAUAUUCAAACCAUCAAGAUAUUGCCCCUCGACAUUCUGGAGUACUGCUUGGGUUAUCCAACAUGGCAGGAGUGUUGGCAGGGGUCUUUGGAACAGCAGCAACUGGUUCUUGGGAUGAUGUUUUCAAAGUUUCAGUUCGGCUCUACUUGGUUGGAACAGUCGCCCGGAACCUCCUCUCAACUGAAUCUUUGAAUCCUGAAAUUGCCACUUUCUUGACCGCCACUACGGAAAGAUGCAAGACUUCUCACUGGAGGAAGAAAUUGUUUGUAUGGGGUGAAAUGGGUAUUUAAUGUUGAAAUCUAUUCACCCAAUUUGAUUUUCCUCUUUUGCCCUUACAUUUUAUUUAGUCUCUUGAGUUUGGUUUUUGGUCUUUUUGAGUCAAAAUAUUGUUGCUUUGUUUAUUCAUAUUCAAUUUUUUUUUUCAUGCUGGUCUUAAUAUGGAAUUAGACUGUGGAUUGCAAAAAAGCUAAGUCGAAGUGGAAAUUCAGAAUUUGGUCAAAAUUAAAUAUCUUAGGAGUUA